GUGCUCCGCGGCGAGUGUGGCGGCGGCGGCGGCGGGAGGGCGGCGGGAUGCGUCUGUCGGUGGCGGCCGCCAUCUCCCACGGGCGGGUGCACCGGCGGCUGGGGCUAGGCCCGCGCUCGCGCCUCGACCUGCUGCGCAACCUGGUGACGGCGUUGGUGCGUCAUGAGCGCAUCGAGGCGCCCUGGGCCCGCGCCGACGAGAUGCGGGGCUACGCCGAGAAGCUCAUCGACUACGCCAAGCUGGGAGACACCAACGAGCGCGCCAUGCGCAUGGCGGAUUUCUGGCUGACGGAGAAGGACCUCAUCCACAAGCUGUUCAAGGUGCUGGCCCCCCGGUUCCAGCCCCACGCCGGUAGCUACACCCGCCUGCUGCAGAUCCCCAACCGGGACAGCCUUGACCGUGCCAAGAUGGCGGUCAUCGAGCUCAAGGGGAACCCUUUGCCUCCACUCAUCCGUCCGCACCGUGACAGCGAGAAGACAGUGCUCAACCAGCUCCUGAAGGGCUACCGGGAGGACCUGCAGCAGGCCACCAAGGGCACCGCUGUCUAGGCAUCCCCGGGCCUUGGCGUGAGCUGACCCUGCACUUUGUUGGUGUCCUGGAGCGUAGGAAUGGAGGAUGUCCCAGAAGGCCUGAAGGUUGAUUGCUAAGUUUGGGUUGCCAUGACGUGGGGGGCAAGCUCAAGGUUUACUUGCUUCUUCCUGUGGUUUGCACAGAAACUUGGCAAGAGAAGGAAAUGAAGCUGGGAGCUCUCACGGUUGAUAUUCUCUGUGUAAAUAAACUCUGUUCAGAAAGCGA